AUGCUGAAGGUGAAGAGGCUGGAGGAGAUUAGCUCGUGCCACAGCAGCCACCCCCUGGAGAAGGUGGCCUUUUUCCAGUGCAUGGAAGAGGUGGAGAAGGUGAAGUGUUUUCUGGAGGAGAAUUCGAGUGAUCUGGAUCUGCAGUCUGGAGACAAUGAGGCUGAGGACAAUAUAUGGUCCAACCAUGCACUAAAUGAAAGGACAACUGUCAAAGGAGGAAGGACAUCAGCUCUCACAGAGAGAUCUGAUCAGAAAGACCAAUUCUCUUCUGAGAAAGAAAAGAUUACCAAACUCAACAAGAAAAAUGCAGAGAAGACCAGUGCCUCAGAAGCGCAGAGGAGUUGCGUCAUAUGUCAUGUGGAAAGACAAGACAAGAUAGAACUUGUUCAGAGUAUUUCCUUAGAGCUCAGAGAGAAUGCAGGUGCAAAAGAUGCUCUAUGCAUAGAGGGUCUAGAGAAACAAGAAAGCAACAACCUGGGAGAUAAACAAGACACUGAAGAUAACAAUGGAAGGAAAAAGGGGGUUUCUUCUAAGGAAGUUUCCAGAGGAAUAGAAGCUGAGAACAGAGCUUCAACAGCUGCAAGUGGAACAGUGCUGGACAAACACUCGACUGAAAGCCAGCACACUGAGGACACAAAUGGGGGUCUAUCCCAUGAAAGGUGCAUCAGUAAUCUAAAGACCAUUUCUACGCCAGGAAUCCUUGGAAAUUCAGCAUCAGGAUCCACUUUCCAGAAUGCUGAACAGACAGAGUCUACUGGCAGCAGUAAGCGCAGGGUGGCAGAGGAGUGCUUCCUGAGUGAGGACAACAAAAAGAGCAGAAUAGAUGUACUGAGUAUGGGGGAAGAGCGCACAUCCAGGGCAGAGGAAGCCAGAGAAGCCAGCAGCCUGGAUGAGAGACUCCAGGAUAGAAUGGCCGCCUCUAGAGAGCAAGACCCGGCAGUCCCACUGGAUGAUGUCCCUGCUCCUGCCGCCCCAUUUGAUCAUCGGAUUGUAAUGGCCAAACACACUGCAGUUGACAGUUUGUACACUGUGAGCAAAUCUGAGAUCCUAGGAGGGGGGCGAUUUGGCCAGGUCCAUAAGUGUGAAGAGAAAGCAACAGGCCUGAAGCUGGCUGCUAAAAUCAUUAAGAUUAGAGGUGCAAAGGACAAGGAGGAUGUGAAGAACGAGAUCAGCAUCAUGAACCAGCUGGACCACGUGAACCUCAUCCAGCUCUAUGAUGCCUUUGAGUCCAAGCAUGACAUCAUCCUUGUCAUGGAGUAUGUGGAGGGCGGGGAGCUGUUUGACCGCAUCAUUGAUGAAAACUGCAACUUGACAGAGCUGGACACCAUCCUGUUCAUGAAGCAGAUCUGUGAGGGGAUUAGGUACAUGCACCAGAUGUACAUCCUCCACUUGGACCUCAAGCCUGAGAACAUCCUGUGUGUGAAUCGGGAUGCUAAGCAAAUAAAAAUUAUUGAUUUUGGAUUGGCCAGAAGAUACAAGCCCAGAGAGAAGCUGAAGGUGAACUUUGGAACCCCAGAAUUUCUUGCCCCUGAAGUUGUGAACUAUGAUUUCGUUUCCUUUCCUACGGAUAUGUGGAGUGUGGGUGUCAUCACAUACAUGCUACUCAGUGGCUUGUCCCCCUUUCUGGGCGAUAAUGAUGCUGAGACGCUGACCAACAUCCUGGCCUGUCGAUGGGAUUUAGAAGAUGAAGAAUUUCAGGAUAUCUCGGAGGAGGCCAAGGAGUUCAUCUCCAAGCUCCUGAUUAAGGAGAAGAGUUGGAGACUAAGUGCCAGCGAAGCUCUCAAGCACCCCUGGUUGUCAGACCACAAGCUCCACUCCAGGCUGAGUGCACAGAAGAAUUGCAACUCUGGUGUUCCGAACCUCACGACCAAAUAA